AUGAAUAAGGUGACAGGGGAUGAGAAUGGGCAGAAUGAGGUGAGAGGGGAUGAGGGUGAUAAUGGGGAUGAGGGGGGGCAGAAUGAUGUGAGAGGGGAUGAGGGGGGGCACAUUGAUGUGAGAGGGGAUGAGGGGGGGCACAAUGAUGUGAGAGGGGAUGAGGGGGGGCAGAAUGAUGUGAGAGGGGAUGAGGGGGAGCAGAAUGAUGACUCGCAGAUAGACAAGGUGAGAGGGGAUGAGAGCAUGCAGGAUGAGGUGAGAGGGGAUGAGAGCAUGCAGAAUGAGGUGAGAGGGGAUGAGAGCAUGCAGGAUGAGGUGAGAGGGGAUGAGAGCAUGCAGGAUGAGGUGAGAGGGGAUGAGAGCAUGCAGAAUGAGGUGAGAGGGGAUGAGAGCAUGCAGGAUGAGGUGAGAGGGGAUGAGAGCAUGCAGGAUGAGGUGAGAGGGGAUGAGAGCAUGCAGGAUGAGGAUGAGGUGAGAGGGGAUGAGAGCAUGCAGGAUGAGGUGAUAGGGGAUGAGAGCAUGCAGGAUGAGGUGAGAGGGGAUGAGAGCAUGCAGGAUGAGGAUGAGGUGAGAGGGGAUGAGAGCAUGCAGGAUGAGGUGAGAGGGGAUGAGAGCAUGCAGGAUGAGGUGAGAGGGGAUGAGAGCAUGCAGGAUGAGGUGAGAGGGGAUGAGAGCAUGCAGGAUGAGGUGAGAGGGGAUGAGAGCAUGAAGGAUGAGGUGAGAGGGGAUGAGAGCAUGCAGGAUGAGGUGAGAGGGGAUGAGAGCAUGCAGGAUGAGGUGAGAGGGGAUGAGAGCAUGCAGGAUGAGGUGAGAGGGGAUGAGAGCAUGCAGGAUGAGGUGAGAGGGGAUGAGAGCAUGCAGGAUGAGGUGAGAGGGGAUGAGAGCAUGCAGGAUGAGGUGAGAGGGGAUGAGAGCAUGCAGGAUGAGGUGAGAGGGGAUGAGAGCAUGCAGGAUGAGGUGAGAGGGGAUGAGAGCAUGCAGGAUGAGGUGAGAGGGGAUGAGAGCAUGCAGGAUGAGGUGAGAGGGGAUGAGAGCAUGCAGGAUGAGGUGAGAGGGGAUGAGAGCAUGAAGGAUGAGGUGAGAGGGGAUGAGAGCAUGCAGGAUGAGGAUGAGGUGAGAGGGGAUGAGAGCAUGCAGGAUGAGGUGAGAGGGGAUGAGAGCAUGCAGGAUGAGGAUGAGGUGAGAGGGGAUGAGAGCAUGCAGGAUGAGGGAGCAGGGAGUGGGGAUAGGAUAGCAGAGAGUGGGGAUAGGAUAGCAGGGAGUGGGGAUAGGAUAGCAGGGAGUGGGGAUAGGAUAGGAGGGAGUGGGGAUAGGAUAGCAGGGAGUGGGGAUAGGAUAGCAGAGAGUGGGGAUAGGAUAGCAGGGAGUGGGGAUAGGAUAGCUGGGAGUGGGGAUAGGAUAGCAGGGAGUGGGGAUAGGAUAGGAGAGAGUGAAGAUAUGAUAGCUGGGAGUGGGGAUAGGAUAGCAGGGAGUGGGGAUAGGAUAGCAGGGAGUGGGUGUAGGAUAGCAGGGAGUGGGGAUAGGAUAGCAGAGAGUGGGGAUAGGAUAGCAGGGAGUGGGGAUAGGAUAGCAGAGAGUGGGGAUAGCAUAGCAGGGAGUGGGGAUACGAUAGCAGAGAGUGGGGAUAGGAUAGCAGGGAGUGAGGAUACGAUAGCAGGGAGUGGGGAUAGGAUAGAAGAGAGUGGGGAUAGGAUAGCAGGGAGUGGGGAUAGGAUAGCAGAGAGUGGGGAUAGCAUAGCAGGGAGUGGGGAUACGAUAGCAGAGAGUGGGGAUAGGAUAGCAGGGAGUGGGGAUACGAUAGCAGAGAGUGGGGAUAGGAUAGCAGGCAGUGGGGAUAGGAUAGCAGAGAGUGGGGAUAGGAUAGCAGGGAGUGGGGAUAGGAUAGCAGGGAGUGGGGAUAGGAUAGCAGGGAGUGGGGAUAGGGUAGCAACAAUAGGGAUAGCAGCAGGGAUAGCAGGGAGAGAGGAUAGCAGGGAGUGGGGAUAG